AUGAGUUAAUAAUAAUCUAACCAAUAUGCAUAUCAUUAAGAAUUGUAUGAAUAGCACAUAUAGUAAUUGGAUCAAAUAAAAAAUGAAAUAGAAGCCCAAGAUCCAUUCAUUAUUACUUAACCAAUAGAACUAUAAAUUUUAGAAUCAGAAUAUUUACAAAAUUAAGGGUUUCUUCAAAAGAUUCAAAAAAUCCGAUAAUCAUAUCCAUAAUUCAGAAGAGUGAGGAGGGAUGGCAGCUGCUUUUAUAGAGCAGUUCUGUUUAGAAUAUUUGAAUAUAUCAUAGAAUCCAAAGAUUAGCAAAUUUUAGAUAAGUUUAGCACUAUAAUUGCCAAUUCAAAAGCAGAUUUAACGGCUGUUGGGUAUGAAUAAAUUGUAAUUGAUGAUUUUUAUGACGAAAUAAUGAAAUAAAUAAAAUUAUGUCCAAACAACAUUACUAUUUAAGGAAUAGUUGAUGCAUUUUGCAAUAAAGUGACCUCAGACUAUCUUAUUAUGUAUAUGAGAAUGAUGACAUCUGGAUAUAUAAAAGCAAAUUCAUUCUUAUUUGAAGGAUACAUAGAAACAGGAACUGUUGAAUUAUUUUGUUAAUAAGAAGUUGAUCCUAUUGACAGGGAAGCAGAUUAAAUGUAAAUCAUCGCGUUGCAGAACUAUUUGCAAAUUCCAAUCAGGAUAUUCUAUUUGGAUGGAAAUGUUUCCACUUUUGAUGCCACUAUUUUUUAAAUUCCAGAGGAUGCAGAUUCAAAAUCUAUAUUUAUUAAUCUUUUAUACAGGCCUGGACAUUAUGACAUUCUAUAUCCAAAAUGAAGUAUUAAUAUAUCAUGUUUCAUCAUUUUCAUGGUUAAAUUUAAAAUG